AUGAGUGGGAAAAACCAGUCCUCUACACUAGACUUCAUCCUCCUAGGAGUUGCCAGUCAGCAGAAACAGGAAGAUUUCUUCUUCAUCCUCUUCCUAUUAAUCUACCCCAUCACAUUGAUUGGAAACCUGCUCAUCAUCCUAGCCAUUUGUUCUGACAUUCGCCUUCACAACCCCAUGUAUUUUUUCCUUGCCAACCUCUCCCUUGUUGACAUCUUCUUCUCAUCUGUAACCAUCCCUAAGAUGCUGGCCAACCAUCUCUUAGGGAGCAAAUCCAUCUCCUUUGGAGGAUGCUUAGCACAGAUGUAUUUCAUGAUUGCCUUGGGUAACACAGACAGUUAUAUUUUGGCUGCAAUGGCAUAUGAUAGAGCUGUGGCCAUCAGUUGCCCUCUUCAUUACACAACAAUUAUGAGCCCACGGUCUUGUGUCCUGCUAGUUGUUGGGUCUUGGGUGGUUGGAAAUGCCAAUGCCCUCCCCCACACUCUACUCACAGCUAGUUUGUCCUUCUGUGGCAACAAGGAGGUGGCUAACUUCUACUGUGAUAUUACCCCUUUGCUCAAGCUGUCCUGUUCUGACAUUCAGUUUAAUGUAAAGAUUAUGUACCUAGGGGUUGGCAUUUUCUCAGUGCCAUUACUAUGCAUUAUUAUCUCCUAUAUUAGAGUCUUUUUCACAGUCUUACAGGUUCCAUCCACCAAGGGUAUGCUCAAAGCCUUCUCCACCUGUGGCUCUCAUCUCACAGUUGUUUCUUUGUAUUAUGGCACAGUAAUGGGCAUGUAUUUCCGCCCUCUGACCAGUUACAGCCUAAAAGAUGCCGUACUAACUGUUAUGUACAUGGCAGUGACCCCAAUGCUAAAUCCGUUCAUCUACAGUCUGAGAAAUCGGGACAUGAAGGCUGCCCUGUGGAAACUCUUCAGCAAAAGAGUCUUCUCAUAA